UUUAAUUUAUGUAUCGGGGAAAAACUGAAUAUAAUCAUUAUGGUUGAACUUUUUGGAGAAGAUUACGACUGCUGGGAAUGGUUUCAGGCCGAUAAAGAAAAAAUAUUGCGAAGCCUAACACGCAAAAAUGCCAACGAACGUCAUCAGGUGCAGGGACAAAGGCGUCAUUGUAAUUAUUGGAAUCGUGCUAGGGCCGUGGUGCCAUCCAAAAUUCCAACCGAUGGGCUUCAAGAGAUCCUAAAUCUGCAGCCCUUGGGCAUGUUUCUCUAUUUGGCAACUGAAAUCGAACCAAAUUUCUUCAUCGAUCAAAUAGGUGCUAAUGAUAAUAUCGAUCGGGUAUUAAUUUAUACGCGCAUUUUGGUUACUUUGUGCGAACUUGAGUUGCCUGGCUUUCACAAUGAUAUGCUUAGUAAAUUUGCUGCGUGUACUCCACUCAUUGAGCACUACGAAGAAUUGGUCCGUAAACUAUGCACUAAAAGCUAUCGGACUAUGUGGACUGAUAUGAAUCGUGUGGAUAGCAUUAUUAGCAAUAUGCAAACACUUUUGUUGCAGGCUCAAAGGGCUGAUGUGUUGGAUGAGAACGGCAUGGACAUCCUAUUUAAAAUUUGGACUAACUUGAAGAACAAUAAUAAUCCAAUAAUAGAAGAGCGUCCGAUAUGUCAAGAAUUUCUAGAGCGGCUUCACGGUCUUUUUGCUGUCGAUCUGGAUACAUUAUCGGCGCCAAACCCAGCUGCUGAGAUAUACCCUAGUCUAGAGGAGCUUAAGCAAUGGCUAAACGAGAAUGGCGAAACCAGCAUCCAUGCUGCGAAACUAACAAUGAGCUUUACUAAUACGACACAUUACAUAAAUAGCCAACGCUUGUUUCUUCGUCAGCAGUUUUUGAUUCCACUUCGGGAAUUGGUGCGGCGGAUCCAUAGCAAGCGCAAUCUUCAGAAUUUGAUGCCGCUUCAGAUUGCUUUUGAGGGAGUGCAAAUUAAGCUGAAUAAUAAUUUUUCAAACGCACAUAACAGCAAAUUGCUAUUUGUUGAUAUUUUGGCUAUGCAGCGUAAAAAUACUUCUAAUCAGGAUGUUCAAUGUGAGAAAUCUUUAGAAGAGGCUUUGUUACGACUUAAAAAUGGGACUUUACUUUGCUUUACAACCAGCUACGAUUUUAAUAAUCUUAUACUGGCAAUAAUGGUCAAUACUGAUGCAAAACAGCUCCGUCAAGGUUAUAUUUCUAUCGCUAUAGUGCGUCAAUUCGAUAUUGGCAACAUUUAUGGAAAAUUUCUGAUCAUGUUUGAAACACCAGUUUAUUUUGAGCCUUACCAGAAGGCCUACAGAUAUUUGACCAACAGCAAUGUUAUAAACUUCCCAAUGUCAGAUUAUAUAGUCCACGGCUUGACCAGAACAAAAUCCCCAGCAUAUUUGAAUCACACACAACCACCAAAAGUCUACGAGAGCCAAAAGUUUAUAAACAAGCUGCGCAAAAUGCCGCUCAAUCUAUCACAACACGAUGCGUUUCAACGCGCUUUGAAUACGAAUUUCAAUUUAAUCCAAGGACCACCCGGUACGGGUAAAACUCAUAUGUGUUUGCAGCUUAUAAAAACCAUCUUGGAGCAUGCUAAAUUCUGUGCGCCCAUUGUUGUGGUUACAUACACAAACGAUACAUUGGAUAAGUUCUUGAUGAAGCUUAGCUCGUUUACCAGCAGUAUUGUUCGCUUUGGUAGUCAAUCUCGUUUGCCGGAAAUCGCAAAAUUUAAUUAUCGAGCGGAUACUAACACGCACAUGAUCAAUCCGAGGCUUAAGCGUCUGUACUGGAUGGUAAAUCUGGAGAUCAAAGAGCAUUUCCAGCGCUUACAGACAUUGUAUUCUGACUUUAAUGAUACCGAUAAGGCUUAUUCGGAUAUAUUGGCCACGCAGCGCUUGAUCUGGAAUGCACAAGAGAAGCUCGAAUGUAUACGAAUGAUUUUCCAGCAUUAUUUGAUAAUUAAAAAGAAUGUUCUGGCUAUGACAACAACAUGUGCUGCGCGCAUGAAUUUUGUUUUUAGAUUUUUGAAAACACGCAUCGUUAUAUUCGAGGAAGCUGCAGAGAUUCUAGAGGCUCACAUAUUGCCAUGUCUAACACCUUACACGGAGCAAGUGAUUAUGAUUGGUGAUCAUAUGCAACUGAAGCCAUAUAUAAGCUAUAUAAGGGGUCUGAAGUCUUCGACUCAAUCGCAUUCCUUAUUUGAGCGUUUGAUAAGGUCAAAUUUCCAAGUGAACGUCUUGAAUAUUCAAUACCGUAUGCGCAAUACAUUUGCCGAAUUGCUCUGUCCUGUUAUAUAUGAAAAGCUUAUUAGUCAUGAUUCCGUUUAUAAUUUUCCCUCUGUACGCAAUAUGGGGUUGAAUUUAUAUUUUCUGCAGCAUCAAGAACCUGAGACACAUAUACUUGAUGGUUUUUUAUACAAUGAAUAUGAGACAAAAAAAGUAGCUGAGAUUGUGCAUCACUUGGUCGAGGUGAGCGGCUACAGACAUAAGGAUGUGGUCGUGCUUUCACCAUACACUCUGCAGGUCGAAUCAAUUAAAAAAAAAUUAUCAAAGAAACCAAAUUUAAAAGAAGUGUUCGUUACGACAGUGGAUAGUUUCCAGGGGCUGGAGGCAGAUAUAAUUGUCCUCUCGUUGGUACGCAGCAAUACUAAUGCAAAUAUAGGUUUCCUGAAUGAACAGAAUCGUAUUUGCGUUGCCAUGUCCCGUGCGCGCUUUGGCUUGUAUAUAAUUGGAAAUAUGAACAUCUUGGCUCAGAAGUCAACUACAUGGCGCGAUAUACAUAUUAAGUUAAAGUUGCAAAAUGCAAUUGGUGGAGAUUUCCCAUAUAAAAAUAUUAAGUGA